GAACGGACAUGUGUGGUUCUCAGUGUGUUUUUAUGUUUGGAUUUGUGAUAAAGCUAUGGCAUUUAAAUGCAGGCCUACUGCCUAGUACUAAAACCUUCCUUCCCUCACCUGGAAACACUCUCCCUAUGAGCCGCAUGGCGAGACUCGGGUAGGCAGACAAGCCACUACGAGGUCUAGGGCUGAGGAGCAGCAGAAAGAGGCAGAUGAUUUGGAUCCGAGCACACGAUAUGUGGAAGACAAGCAGAAAACCCGCACUGCCUUCACCCUUCCUUGCCCUUAUCUCUCGGGCCGCAGUCAUCCCCAUGUUGUCAAGCCUGCGCGGGUGCUGAACCCUGUGAUGGAAGAAGAGAUGAAACGAAAUGAGGAGGAGGCAAAGGGGAAAAGAAAUUUGAAGGAAGACACAAGAGAUAAACAAUGGAGGGAGGAUAAUUCCCUGAUGAAGAUUUGGGUCCCCGAAUCCAGCGAAAGAAGACACACACAGAGCUCUGCACCUCAACCUGAACCUCUGGCGACAAAUCCCGUCUGCUCUGCCACUGAAGACCACACCUCACAGGAUGAGGAAGAUCCUGCACUUCCUUCAAAGCUACCUGGGGAUACAUGUGAAAGAGAGGAUGAGAAGAAUAUAAGUAGCAGUUCUGACAGCAGUUCGAGCGAUGAUGACAAUUCCGAAGCUCUACCUGGGGUGCGAAGUUGUGGCACUGAUAGCAGUGAUGGUGACUCAGAGAGCGUAAACAAUGACUGCGAGGAAGAGGAAAAUGAAAUCCUACACUCAUCUGAUGAAUUAAUAUCCGACAGCGAGCAGGAUUCCCUAUCUUCUAGCACAGAGAAGGACUUUCCUCCACUAUCUACUAUCCUGGCUGGCAUUUCACUAUGUCCCACAGUGCCCCCGGCCUUGGGGAAGAUGCAUAGCCAGUGGGAGAUUCCCCUUUCAUUCCACCCACAUGACAUCCCUACUGCCACUUUGGCAAGCAACGUGACCGCCCAUGCUCAGGCUCCUGUCCAAGGCAAAGCAGAAGCACCUCAGGCAAACUCGAAAAAGACCGCAGAAGCCCUGACGCAGCAGGAGGCUUAUGACCUACAGGCUGACUUCCCGGCUCUGCGUGAUGGGAAUUCCAAGACCAAAGGUGUAGAGGGGAAAAGAGGGCUUACUCACUUACAAAACCAAUGCCAAGAGAGUGGGGCUUCCCAUCAGAGGAGGAAGGAACAUGUGCCCCAUGAGGUCUCUUCCAUCUGUGCAGGAGAUCAGAAAUCUGUGCUGGAGAUUCAAACAUUUGGCUCCACCGGCCAACGCAUCUCUCCUGCCAUCAGCUGUGAUGAAGUAAAGGCCAACAACCGGCCUCCUCCUCGAGUCGCAGGUACAGAUGGCGUGUGUGUUAAUGCCAGGUCCUGGGCUAGUGCUGCCAAGGCGGGCAUGAAGCAAGCAGCUGCCCCUGAGGAGAAAGCCAGACCUUGUACCUUUCAGCAGAUAGUUACCAUUAACAGAGCCAAAGCCGUUCAGAACUUCCCCAACAGAGUUACUCCUUCCCAUCGUGCAGCCACUCGACCUCACAACCCAACUCGUUUUGCUGGACCUGGUUGCAAUUCCAUCCGUCAGCAUUUUGGAGCCCAGGCGUAUCGAGCCAGCCCUGCAGAAUUCAUAUGUCCGCGUUUUCCCUUCCAACAGGACUGCGGUAACCCGUGUAAACAGAGGUACGUGUGAAGACAGCCAGACGCAAAGUAAUUGUGUUUCAGCUGAGGACAUCUCUGCAAAUUCACUGGACUCUCUUAUUUCCCCCCCUGUUAGCAGCCUAAUAAAUGUUUGCAUCGUCCGACUAUAGUUAGCUAUAUAUAUACUGCUGCUUUGGGACUGAACCACAAUGAGACUCAUCAAGUGAGGCAAAGGACACAUCCGCCACCAGUCAGUGCUUUAGUUCAUUAGUGAGCAUCUUUAUGCUGUGUGCACACACAAGUGAGGCCCUUAAUACAAAAUGCAAACAGUAUGCACUUUCCAAAUGAAUUGAGUGAUGCGUAGUAAUAACAAAAUCUCAUUGUGCUGUGGUGAUAGUGAAAUGGCGAUUAUUCAACAGUGCAGUCAUUUUCGCCAACGGACCAUCUCAUACAUAAUGCAUGCAAAUCAUUGCAUUUUUUCUCCAUUCUGGGCUACAAUGCAUAUUUCAUCAAGUCAGUGAAAUAUUAAGCACUCUUACUAUUUGAUAUUCUCUUCUAAAGGCGAUUUCAGUUUGUGUAUUUUCUUCAUCACUCGUGUCUCCUCUGGGAACACACUUCCGGGGAUGUCAUUAUUAGGCUUGUUUGUUUACUAGAGAGACGUUUGAUUGGUUAAUACCGGAGUAAUGAUCAGUGAGGCAACCAAUCACUUCAAGAGAUUAUCAAGGCUCAGAGGACAUUGAUCUGUAAGAGGGUUCAGGGCUGAACGGCAGGUUGGGCUCAUUCCAACUGAUUUGAUUGAAAUUACAGAAGCUCAAACUGUGAGGCAUGUCUUCCUCCCUCUGCCCUCAAAUUUUAAAUGUCAACUGUUAUUCAGGUGAAGAGAUUGAUGAGACAUUGGUGGAGGAGAAGAGGGAGAGGUGUGUUCAGCGCAUUAAUUCAAGAAUAUAGAAGCAAAGUUCUGCUUCUUACCACUCAAACUUAUAAUACAAUGAGAAGACAUGACAGGGUUAGGGUUAGGGUUAGGGUUCUGAAACCUUACAUUCCUCUCCUGCACGGUCACUAAGUUGCUGUACUGUACUUUAUGGCGCUGUUUUGUCAUGAAAUUAUCUUAAAUUAAUGAAAAAUGAUGUCAAAUGUCAAAAGUUAUUCUCUGCUAAAUAUGCAAAGGUUACUGGGUGUAAAAGUUUUAUAAAAUGUGGUUCAAAUUUGACAUUUGUCAUAAACAUUUUUGUCAUUUAAGAAGAACACACCCAGUGGCAGAAGAGCUGUUGAUGUUACUUUUAGACCCUCUAAGAUAGGGGUCUUGAACGUUUUUCAGGCCAAGGACCCCCAAACUGGUGUAGCAUAGAGCAGGGACUUGAGGGGGGGUGCAGUCGGAGUUCUGUGCGAAGGGGGUGGGGUGCUGUGAUGUGAGUGUGCAAAGGAGAUUCAUUUUUUUUAAUAAAAAAAAUAAUAUUUAUAAAAGAAAUUUGCUUUAUCUACAAACAAUUUUGCGACCCCCCCCCCCGUGCAGCACCCCCUGUUGAAGACCUAUGGUCUAGGGCUAAGGUUAGGGUUGGGUUAAGAAAGGUUAUAGACACUUUCAAGUGUCUAUAACCCACUGUGAUGUGAAUGUGCAAAAAUAAAUAAAUAUCUACAAACAAUUUCGCGACCCACCUGCGGUACCUCCGUGG